CGGAGGAGGGUGGGGACGGUGCGUUGCGGUGCGGUGCUGCGAGGCGUGGGAGUGCGUGGACCGAGAUGCUGAAGUUUAAGUAUGGCGUGCGCAGCCCAUUGGCCCCAAGUGAACCUGAGCCCAUCGGUAGCCGGGCCUCCAAGCUGAAUCUUCUUUUCCAGGGUAAAACACCCUUCAUGACUCAACAGCAGAUGUCUCCUCUCUCCCGGGAAGGGAUACUGGAUGCCCUUUUUGUUUUCUUUGAAGAGUGCAGCAGCCCUGCCCUAAUGAAGAUUAAGCAUGUGAGCAACUUUGUCAGAAAGUAUUCAGAGACCAUCGCUGAACUACGGGAACUUCCGCCUGGCCUGAAGGACUUUGAAGUAAAAAGUCUGGUGGGCCGUGGUCACUUUGCUGAAGUGCAGGUAGUGAGGGAGAAAGUCACUGGGGACAUCUACGCCAUGAAAGUGAUGAAGAAGAGGGCUUUGUUGGCACAGGAAGAGGUCUUAUUUUUUGAAGAAGAACGAAGCAUCUUAUCUCGGGGUGCAAGUCCCUGGAUCCCUCAGUUGCACUGUGCGUUUCAGGACAAAGAGAAUCUUUAUCUGGUUAUGGAAUAUCUGCCUGGAGGGGACCUGCUGUCACUCUUGAAUCGCUAUGAGGAUCAAUUAGAUGAAAGCAUGAUGGAGUUUUAUCUCGCUGAACUGGUAUUGGCCAUUCACAGUGUUCAUCAGAUGGGAUAUGUCCAUCGAGACAUCAAACCAGAGAACGUUCUCAUUGACCGGAUGGGCCAUAUUAAGCUGGUAGACUUUGGAGCAGCUGCCAGAAUGACUACAAAUAACGUGGUGAACUCCAAGCUUCCUGUUGGGACACCUGAUUACAUGGCACCGGAAGUCCUGACAGUGAUGAAUGGAGAUGGCAAGGGCUUCCAUGGGCCCGAAUGUGACUGGUGGUCAUUGGGAGUCAUUGCUUAUGAAAUGGUUUAUGGAAGAUCACCUUUUACUGAGGGAACCACAGCAAAAACUUUUAAUAAUAUCAUGAAUUUCCAGCGGUUUCUGAAGUUUCCAGAUAGCCCCAAAGUUAGCAGUGAAUUUCUUGAUCUGAUUCAGAGUCUGCUGUGUGGACCAAAAGAAAGGCUGAAUUAUGAAGGUCUUUGUUGCCAUCCAUUUUUCUCAAAAGUUGAUUGGAAUAACAUUCGUAACUCUCCUCCCCCCUUCGUUCCCACCCUCAAGUCUGAUGAUGACACCUCUAAUUUUGAUGAACCAGAGAGGAAUUCGCGGGCUUUACCUUUUCCGGGCCAGUUGAACCCUGGAGGUUUCUCUGGUGAAGAUUUGCCUUUUGUGGGGUUUUCCUUCAGCAAAGCACUGGGGAUCCUUGGCAGAGCAGAGUCUGUUGUAUCAGGUUUGGACUCUCCUGCCAAGAUUAGCUCCAUGGAAAAGAAACUUCUUAUCAAGAGCAAAGAGCUACAAGACACUCAGGACAAGUGUCACAAGAUGGAGCAGGAAAUGACACGGUUGCACCGGAGAGUGUCUGAGGUGGAGGCCGUGCUUAGUCAAAAGGAGGUGGAGCUGAAGGCCUCUGAAACCCAGAGAUCCCUCCUGGAGCAGGACCUGGCUACUUACAUCACAGAAUGCAGUAGCCUAAAGCGAAGUUUGGAGCAGGCACGGAUGGAAGUGUCCCAGGAGGACGACAAGGCAUUGCAGCUCCUCCAUGAUAUCCGAGAGCAGAGUCGAAAGCUGCAAGAGAUCAAAGAACAGGAGUAUCAAGCCCAAGUAGAAGAGAUGAGGUUGAUGAUGAAUCAGUUGGAGGAGGAUCUUGUCUCUGCCAGAAGACGUAGUGAUCUCUAUGAAUCCGAGUUGAGAGAGUCUCGGUUAGCAGCUGAAGAAUUCAAACGCAAAGCCACAGAGUGUCAGAAUAAAUUGAUGAAGGCUAAAGAUCAAGGGAAGGUUGAAGUAGGAGAACUAUAUUCCAAACUGGAAAAGGUGAAUGCUGAACAGCAGCUCAAAAUCCAGGAGUUACAAGAGAAGCUGGCUAAGGCUGUGAAAGCCAGCUCCGAGGCGACUGAGCUGCUUCAGAAUAUUCGUCAGGCCAAGGAGAGAGCUGAGAGGGAGCUGGAGAAGCUGCAGAACAGGGAAGACUCCUCUGAAGGCAUGAAAAAGAAGUUGUUUGAGGCGGAGGAACGACGCCAUUCUCUGGAGAACCAAGUAAAGAGGCUAGAGACUGUGGAACGCAGAGAAAACAGACUGAAGGAUGAUAUCCAGACUAAGUCACAACAGAUUCAACAGAUGGCUGAUAAAAUUCUGGAGCUGGAGGAGAAGCACCGGGAGGCUCAGGUCUCAGCCCAGCACCUAGAGGUGCAUCUGAAACAAAAAGAGCAACUCUACGAGGAAAAAAUUAAAGUGCUGGACAAUCAGAUAAAGAAAGAUCUCGCUGACAAGGAAACCCUUGAGAAUAUGAUGCAAAGACACGAGGAAGAAGCUCAUGAGAAAAGCAAGAUUCUCAGUGAGCAGAAGGCGAUGAUCAAUGCUAUGGAUUCCAAGAUCAGGUCUCUGGAACAGAGGAUAGUGGAAUUGUCAGAAGCAAAUAAACUGGCAGCAAAUAGCAGCCUUUUUACCCAGAGGAACAUGAAAGCCCAAGAAGAGAUGAUUUCAGAACUCAGACAACAGAAGUUUUAUCUGGAAACACAAGCUGGGAAAUUGGAGGCUCAGAAUCGAAAGCUGGAAGAACAGUUGGAAAAAAUCAGUCAUCAAGACCAUAGUGACAAGAGUCGCCUUUUAGAGCUGGAGACAAGGCUGAGGGAGGUUAGUCUAGAGCACGAAGAACAGAAGUUGGAACUUAAGCGCCAGCUCACUGAACUGCAGCUCUCCCUCCAGGAGAGAGAAUCUCAGCUUUCGGCGUUGCAGUCCGCUCGCACAGCCUUGGAGAGUCAACUCCGCCAGGCGAAAACCGAGCUGGAGGAGACAACGGCAGAAGCAGAGGAGGAGAUCCAGGCCCUCACGGCACAUAGAGAUGAAAUCCAGCGUAAAUUUGAAGCCCUUCGUAAUAGCUGCACAGUGAUAACAGACUUGGAAGAGCAGCUGAACCAGCUGACUGAGGACAACGCAGAGCUGAACAACCAAAACUUCUACUUGUCCAAGCAGCUGGAUGAGGCUUCUGGCGCCACGGACGAGCUGGUGCAGCUGCGCAGUGAGGUGGACCAUCUCCGCCGGGAAAUCACUGAGAGGGAGAUGCAGCUCACCAGCCAGAAACAAACAAUGGAAGCCUUAAAAACCACUUGUACAAUGCUGGAAGAGCAAGUGAUGGAUUUAGAGGCCCUGAAUGAUGAACUUCUGGAAAAGGAACGUCAGUGGGAGGCCUGGCGGAGUGUUCUUGGUGAUGAGAAGUCUCAGUUUGAGUGUCGGGUCCGAGAGUUACAGAGAAUGUUGGAUACUGAGAAGCAAAGCAGAGUGAGAGCCGAUCAGCGUAUCACAGAGUCUCGUCAGGUGGUGGAGCUGGCUGUGAAGGAACACAAGGCUGAGAUCCUGGCUCUGCAGCAGGCCCUGAAGGAGCAGAAGCUGAAAGCUGAGAGCCUCUCGGAUAAGCUCAAUGACCUGGAGAAGAAGCACGCCAUGCUAGAAAUGAAUGCCCGAAGUUUACAACAGAAACUGGAAACAGAGCGAGAGCUCAAACAGAGGCUUCUGGAAGAGCAAGCAAAACUGCAACAACAAAUGGACUUGCAGAAGAAUCACAUCUUCCGUUUGACUCAAGGACUCCAAGAGGCUCUAGAUCGGGCUGACCUGCUCAAGACAGAAAGGAGUGACCUGGAGUAUCAGCUCGAAAAUAUUCAGGUCCUUUAUUCUCAUGAAAAAGUGAAAAUGGAAGGCACGAUUUCCCAGCAAACCAAGCUCAUUGAUUUUCUGCAGGCGAAGAUGGACCAACCUGCUAAGAAGAAAAAGGGCUUAUUUAGUCGACGGAAAGAGGACCCUGCUUUACCCACACAGGUUCCUCUGCAGUACAAUGAGCUGAAGGCGGCCCUGGAGAAGGAGAAGGCCCGCUGUGCAGAGCUGGAGGAGGCGCUGCAGAAAACCCGGAGUGAGCUGCGAUCUGCUCGAGAAGAAGCUGCCCAUCGUAAAGCCUCAGACCACCCCCACCCAUCCACUCCAGCCACUGCACGGCAGCAGAUCGUCAUGUCUGCAAUCGUGAGGUCCCCAGAGCACCAGCCCAACCCAAUAAGUUUGCUGGCUCCACCUUCCAGUCGGAGAAAAGAGUCCUCCACACCAGAAGAGUUUAAUCGGCGUCUAAAAGAGCGAAUGCACCACAAUAUCCCCCAUCGAUUCAAUGUGGGACUGAACAUGAGAGCCACAAAGUGUGCAGUGUGUCUGGAUACCGUGCACUUUGGACGUCAGGCGUCCAAAUGUCUUGAAUGUCAAGUAAUGUGCCACCCCAAGUGUUCAACAUGCCUGCCAGCUACCUGUGGUCUGCCCGCUGAGUACGCCACACACUUCACUGAAGCCUUCUGCCGGGACAAAAUGAACUCCCCAGGACUGCAGCUCAAGGAGCCAAGCACCAAUUUACGUUUGGAAGGAUGGAUGAAGGUGCCAAGAAAUAAUAAACGAGGACAACAAGGCUGGGAUAGGAAAUACAUUGUCCUGGAGGGAACUAAAGUGCUCAUCUAUGACAGUGAAGCCAGAGAAGGUAAACUCGGGCAGAAAGGGAUUUCCCCUCAUGCGGCUCGGGCCACACACGAGCGAGCGAGGAGCCCCAUGCUGUGGCUGUCUGGGGGCUGCCUGUUGUCCUCCUUGUUUCUGGGAGCCCAGAGGACAGUCCCUUGUAGGCUCAGUGUGUAUUCUCUCUGUGCCAUCCCCACAGAUGUGCCAUAUAUAAUGAAGAUGGAGUCUCACCCCCACACCACUUGCUGGCCCGGGAGGACACUCUACUUACUCGCCCCCAGUUUCCCAGAGAAGCAGCGCUGGGUCACUGCCUUAGAGUCAGUUGUCGCAGGUGGGAGAGUUUCUAGGGAAAAAGCAGAGGCUGAUGCUAAGCUGCUUGGGAACUCCCUGCUGAAGCUGGAAGGGGAGGACCGCCUGGACAUCAACUGCACCCUGCCCUUCAGUGACCAGGUGGUGCUGGUCGGGACCGAGGAAGGGCUUUAUGCCCUGAACGUCUUGAAGAAUGCCCUGACCCACAUCCCAGGGGUGGGUGCUGUCUUCCAGAUUCACAUCAUCAAGGACCUGGAGAAGCUCCUCAUGAUUGCAGGAGAAGAGAGGGCCUUGUGCCUUGUUGAUGUGAAGAAAGUCAAGCAGUCCCUCGCACAGUCCCACCUCCCUGCCCAGCCAGACAUCACGCCCAGCGUCUUUGAGGCCGUCAAAGGCUGCCACCUGUUUGCGGCCGGCAAGAUUGAGAAUGCACUCUGUAUCUGUGCCGCCAUGCCUAACAAAGUUGUCAUUCUCCGGUACAAUGAAAGCCUCAGCAAGUACUGCAUCAGGAAAGAGAUAGAAACCUCUGAGCCCUGUAGUUGUAUCCAUUUCACUAACUAUAGUAUCAUCAUCGGGACAAACAAAUUCUAUGAAAUUGAAAUGAAGCAGUACACGUUGGAGGAGUUUCUGGAUAAGAACGACCAUUCCUUGGCGCCCGCAGUGUUUGCUUCUUCCUCCAAUAGUUUCCCGGUCACCAUUGUGCAGGUGAACAGUGCAAGCCAGAGAGAAGAGUACUUGCUCUGUUUCCACGAAUUUGGCGUAUUUGUGGACUCUUACGGCAGACGAAGCCGCACGGAUGAUCUGAGAUGGAGCCGCCUGCCUUUGGCCUUUGCCUACAGAGAGCCCUAUCUGUUUGUGACACACUUCAACUCUCUUGAAGUGAUUGAGAUUCAGGCACGCUCUUCUUUGGGAACUCCUGCACGUGCUCAUUUAGAAAUUCCAAAUCCUCGUUAUUUGGGACCAGCAAUUUCAUCAGGAGCAGUUUACUUGGCAUCUUCCUACCAGGACAAAUUAAGAGUCAUCUGCUGCAAAGGAAACCUGGUUAAAGAGUCCGGUGGUGAACACUCCAGAGGGGCCUCCACCUCCCGCAGCAGUCCUAACAAGAGAGGCCCCCCCACCUACAACGAGCACAUCACCAAACGUGUGGCCUCCAGCCCAGCACCACCCGAAGGCCCCAGCCACCCGCGAGAGCCAAGCACACCCCACCGCUACCGAGAAGGCAGAACCGAGCUGCGCCGGGACAAGUCUCCUGGCCGCCCUCUGGAGAGGGAGAAGUCUCCCGGGCGCAUGCUGAGCACCAGGAGGGAGAGAUCUCCCGGAAGGCUAUUUGACGAAAGCAGCAGGGGUCGACUGCCCGUUGGAGCCGUGAGGACACCGCUGUCCCAGGUCAAUAAGGUCUGGGACCAGUCUUCAGUGUAGUUCUCGGCUAGUAACAAGCAAAACACAAGAUUGAGUCCUCGUCUUCACCUGCAGGACAAGCUACGCCAGGUCUCUGAGCGGGUGGUGUAGUCCCCCUGGGAGCCUUGGGCCCCUUUGAGCCACCACUGCUCAGCAAAGACAAAGGAGGAGGCCCGGCCGAGGCCAGGAGGGGCCCUGGCCAGCUGGCCCACAGUCUCUUCCCCACCCCUUCCUGGGUCAUCCCUGCACUUUGUACGACUGCUAUUCUUUCAAGCUCUUCAUAAACUUUUGUACCAAGGACAAGGAGGAUGUGGACCCUGGUGGGCAUGAUUGGAACUCUGAUUUACUAGCUACACCAUCAGAAGUUUAAAAAAGACAGUGGAAUCCUUGAGAGAUGUGAACGGAAGUGAACUUCCCUUUGAAGUCGUCACUUCUAGCUCAACUGCAGCGUUGGGUCUUUACAACCAAAACGUAGAUUAGAACCCACAGCCCCAUCCCGUUUGCUUCCCUUCUGUUGGCAGCCAUCCUCGGCCCUGGCCCUGGCCCUGGCCCUGGCCCUGACGCUCCACUCAUUGCCUCCCCCACUUCUGCCCAGCUUAGAAUGUCCCCAUAUCCAUGGGCCUCCCCUUGAGGACAGGACUCCAGGCGCAGGAGCUCAUGGAGCUUUGAGCAGCUUCUUCUCGGGACGUCCAGCCCUGCUUUCACGUGGCUCUGGCUAGACAUGCAUGUGGUAGACUUGCUCUGAGCCCAGCAUCCCCGGGGCGGCCAGGAGCCACUGUCCAGGCCCCCUGCAUGCUGUCGCACCAUCAGCCUGGCUCAUCUCUUGGUUGCUAUGCUAAGUAUCCUAUCGUCAUUCCCUUGUAAGCAAGCAAAUUAAGACCUUUUGAAGACUUGCCAACUUACUGGCCGUGACUGAGCUGCAGUGUGUAGCACUAGGAAAAACGCUACAAGCCUUAUUAUUCUGAUGAGAGAAGGAUUUCAGCAAAUCACCGCCCAGAAAACUUGAAUGUGACCCCCUCUGUGUCUCCUCCUGUGCUUCCCUUCUCGAUAAUCUGAAUCAUGACUCUCUGUGCGCCCACCUGCCCUAUCCUUAGAAUCUGGGACUUUUUAGGCCUUGCCCUUGGGCCAAGCCCGUGACCGGGAAGCCCCAUGUUGAGGCUGUGUUCCUUAGGUGCAGCGUGGUCUUGUCCUGUUUUCUCCUUGUCUGUUAAUUAAGAGGGUGAGCUCUCUGGCCUUGGAGAACCUAGGUAAUCAAGCAUUUCUGCGAGCCGGCAGGCUCCCUGGCAGCCUUGUUUCUGGCUUCCCCUGCUCUGCCGUGACUUUGAAUCGGCCUCUGCCAGCGAACAAGGCACAGUGAUGACCGUUGAGGCUGGCCGGUCAGAGCAGAAAUAGCUGCUCACUUCUUAGGCAUCUAGUGUAGCUUAAUGUCCAGUUUGCCCUCUGGUCCUCCCUGUUUGUCUCCUCCCUCGGGCUCAUUUGUUUCAGAUUUCUGGGAAACUCAUUGUCAUCUGGACCUCUGGCGAAUGUCUUCACUGGUGUGGUUUUUCUGUUGUCAGAAGCUUUGGGUUUUGUUUGUUGUUUUGUUUGUUUUGUUUUCUUUUCUUUUUGUUAUACUUUAACUCCCCACUGAGAGCAGAAGAUUUGACUGAAAAUUUGCUGAAGUUUUUGCCUCUUGGUCCACAAGUAUUUUGAGAGGUCACUGGAAUUGGUCUUUCAGUCUUUGCAUUUAUUUAGAUCUCCAUGAGAAAUGGGCUUCUCGAGUCCUAAAAAGUGUAUAUCUUGUGUCUCAUUUGUGAAAUGCUUCCUCCUGCAGGAAUAGCUCAAAAGACUGUACAUAUUUACAAGAAACUUUAUAUUCGUAAAAAAAAAAACAAACAACAAAGGAAAUUGAAUUGGUUUCUACUUUUUUAUUGUAAAAGGUGCAUUUUUCAACACUAACUUUUGGUUUCAGUGGUGGUGGUUGUGGAUAGCCAUCAGACCAGAGGGGUGGGAGCUCUCUGUGAGACCACCAAGAUCCCAGAAAGAAAUAUUGUCACAUGAAAUUGCACUUAGAUGCUUCUAAGUUAUUAUGGUUAUAGGUAUCCAAAAGUACAGCUUUUUCUUCAUUACCUUUUUUAUUCUUGACAAGGAAAGGAACAUAAGGUAUAAUUCAGGAUCCACCCUGAAAGAAAUGGACUUUGUUGUUGAACAAUAAAUAAUCAGAUAAAGCAAUUACAUGAAGCGGUUGAUUUGGUGAAAUGACCUCUUCCUUCCUCACGCAAGACCGUGGCCAUUGUUAGCAUUGAGUUGAU